GGAGAGCAAAGAGGCUUAUCACACAUGUCUCGCUCUCUAUAAUAAUACCAUAUAGCAUCUACAUACAUACACAUAACACACAUCUCUCUCUCUCUCUCAAACUAUAUUAUCGGCUUCAUUUAAGUUGGAUCUGAAAGAAGUGAAGAUUGAUCGAUGUUAGCUCUUUCUCCGGCAAGGAACUCCACAAGAGAUGAUGGAGAGUCAGAGUUCCGUGCAACGUCGUGUGGAUUCAGCAUCAACCCCGAGGAGGACUUCCCGGAGUUCGCUGUCCACGGCGAUCUUCUCGACAUCAUCGACUUCGAUGAUCUGUUCGGCGUCGCCGGAGAUGUGCUUCCUGACUUGGAGAUGGACCCUGAGAUCCUAGGCGGAGAAUUAUCCGAUCACAUGAACGCUUCGUCGACGAUUACUACUACAACGUCGUCGUCGGAGAAGACUAAGAGUCAAGGGAAGUCUAAUAACAAAAAGGGUAUUCCGGGAAAAGGUGAAGAAGUCGUCAGCAAAAGAGAUCAUAACGAGACUCCUGUGGCGGAGACGGUGGUGAACUAUGACGGUGACAGUGGCCGUAAAAGGUCACACUCCUCAUCUGGCUCUACCAAGAGAAAUCCAAUCAGUAACAACGAAGGGAAGCGAAAGGUGAAGAAGGUGGAUUGGACACCAGAGCUACACAGGAGAUUUGUGGAGGCAGUGGAACAGUUGGGACUGGAGAAAGCUGUUCCUUCUCGUAUUCUGGAGCUUAUGGGUGUCCACUGCCUCACUCGUCACAACGUCGCUAGCCACCUCCAAAAGUAUAGGUCUCAUCGGAAACAUUUGCUAGCUCGUGAGGCGGAAGCGGCUAAUUGGACACGCAAACGCCAUAUCUACGGGUUAGACAGCACCGGAGCUAAUGCUAAUGGUCGGAAUAGAAACGGAUGGCUCGCACCGGCACCCACUCUCGGGUAUCCGCCUCCGCCGCCCGCAGCUGUGGCGUCGCCACCUGUCCACCAUCAUCAUUUAAGACCGUUGCAUGUGUGGGGACAUCCCACGGUUGACCAGUCUGUCAUGCAGCACGUGUGGCCCAAACACUUGCCUCCUCCGUCCACUGCCAUGGCUACUCCACCGUUUUGGGUCUCGCAUACUCCCUACUGGCCUAGAAUUCAUAACGGGACGACUCCGUUUUUGCCGACCGUAGCUACGAGGUUUAGGACACCGCCUGUUGCUGGAAUCCCACAGGCUCUGCCUUCACAUCACAUGGUAUACAACUACAAACCAGAUCAUGGUUUUGGUGGUCCUCGUUCUCUGGUGGACUUACAUCCGUCAAAAGAGAGCGUAGAUGCAGCCAUAGGAGAUGUACUGACGAGGCCAUGGCUGCCACUUCCGUUGGGGUUGAAGCCACCAGCUGUUGACGGCGUUAUAACGGAGCUUCACCGUCACGGUGUCUCCGAUGUUCCUCCAGCCGCGUCUUGUGCCUGAACCAGCCAAGCACCGGAGGCAAGUUAGAACCAAAAAAAUUCGACGACAUGUCUUUCGAUUAUUGUAUCUUUUUUUUUCCAAGGGUUGUUUUUGUUAUAGCCCUUUGUUGAGUGUAGAGAGCUGUGUCUUUCUUGAUCGUCCCAUAUAUAAUAAGGAGAUAUUUUGACAGA